GAAAUGUGAAUAAAAUAUACAUAUAUUUUACCCAAUUUUACACACCUUUUCCCUUUCCCUUUCCAAAUCCCUCCCCAAAUCUUCCAACCAAACACAGCCUUACGGUCUACAACAUUCGGAUUAGAGAAUCUGUGUCCCUCUCUCUCAUGGCGAUGAAGCGUCUCAACCUGUGUACAUGGAAUUCACUGGGUAAUCAAUGUAGCAUUUCUAGGGUUUUCAAGGUUUUGUUCUACUCCACUCAGACUGAGACCGAGACCGAGACUGUGACUUCCUCAUCGUCUUCAAAGGACACUCUGUAUGGUAGGCUUUUACAAUUCGAAAACCCUAGGGUUUCAAUUGUACCAGUACUCGACCAAUGGGUCGGUGAAGGAAGACCUGCCAAGCAAUCAUACCUUGAGGUUCUCAUCAGGCGGCUCAGAAAAUCCAAACGUUUCAAUCACGCUCUCGAGGUAUCUGAAUGGAUGAGCAAUAAAAGAUAUCUUGACUUGUUACCUGGAGAUGUUGCGAUUCGGUUGGAUUUGAUAUCAAAGGUUCAUGGCCUAGAACAAGCAGAGAAGUAUUUCAGUAACAUUCCUAUUACUUUGAGAGGCUUGCAGGUCUAUGGUGCUCUCUUAAACUGUUAUGCCCAAGAAAAAUCUUUGGAGAAGGCAGAGGCAAUCAUGCAGAAGAUGACAGACCUGGGAUUCAAUAGAACAUCACUGCCGUACAAUGUGAUGCUUAAGCUCUAUGCUGACAUGGGAAAGCAUGAAAAACUAGAUUCCCUCAUGCAAGAGAUGGAAGAGGAAGUCAUUACAGGUAACAAUUUCACAUUCAAUACCCGCUUAGAUGCGUAUGCAAUUGCUUCUGAUAUUGAAGGAAUGGAGAAGCUUCUGAUGAAGAUGGAAGCUGAUGUCACUGUGGACUGGAAUGCAUAUGUCGUGGCGGCAAAUUGUUACUUGAGAGCUGGUAUGGUAGAAAAGGCUUUACCAAUGGUAAAGAAAUCAGAGCGACUUGUUAGGGGUAAGAUGAGAAGAUUUGCUUAUGAGGUUCUACUCACUCUGUAUGCUAGUAUGGGGAACAAGGAUGAAGUGUAUCGUAUAUGGAAUUUGUACAAGAAAAUUGGAAAAAUAUACAAUAUGGGCUACCUUAGUAUGAUAAGCUCACUAGUGAAGUUAGAUGACCUUGAUGGUGUGGAAAAGAUAUGGGAGGAGUGGAACAAGAAAACAUCUUUUGAUUAUCGAAUUCCGAACUUUCUCAUCAAUGCUUAUUGCAAGAAAGGCCUUUUAGGAAAUGCUGAAUCAAUUGUAAAUAGGCUGAUAGAGAGUGGUAUCGAGCCCCACGCAAGAAUAUGGCAGUGCUUGGCAACCGGAUAUCAUGAUGAUGAUCAAAUGGAAAAGGCAGUGGGGAUGAUGAAGAAAGCACUCGCGGCGAGUCAUUCCAGGUGGAAGCCAAACCUUCCUACUCUGGCAGCAUGUGUGGAAUAUUUGAAGGGAAAGGGAAGCAUAGAAGUAGCAGAGGAGUUGAUAGAAUUAUUAAGGGAAAAGGAUGUUGUACCAUCAGAGGUUUGUGAAAGAUUAGUAAAUUACAUAGAAAAUGGAAAUCCAGCAUCCGGAGCACUUGAUCUCAUCAUGGGAGGGGAUGAUCAGGCUCUGAAGGGAGAAAGAGGCAUGCGAGUUGAAGUGCGAGAGAGUAUUAGCUGAAUUGUAUUGAAAGCUUUGGCUAUUUGUGAACAAUUUAGUUAUAUUGAUCUGUUGGUUGCUUGUAUCUGAGUCUUGUCAAGUGAUUUAGGUUUAAUUCAGUUUUCCAUAGCAGAUUUAAUUAUAACCGCCUCCUAAGCAUGAGUAGAGAGAGUCGCUCUCAAGAUUACGUUUCAGUGGCAAUGUAUAUCAAUACUGCGUUCUGAUAAUUUGAUAGUAAUUGUCAAAAAAA